CGGAGCUAGUGACAUCAAGGAAACGUUACCAACUACUAAUUGGCAACCAGUAGUCAUUACAAAGCUUAAGUGUAGCCUGUGUGACUCCACAACUUCAAUAUUCUUGUAUUUAUUCACUUUUAUUUUUUGGGGAGGGUUUCAGAUGCGUAUUCAUUUCUUGUGCACGGAGCAGCCAACCCCAUUUUUUUCAGUUAAACAGGCGGAAUACGACAGCGGAAGAACUUGGUCACAGUGCGGUUAGUUAGCUAAAACUGUUAGCUUGACAAGUAGCUGUGUUAGCGGCGUUAGUUAGCUCUGCUGUCAUGUCGAGAGUUCCUCGGGAUUUUCACUACCUAAACGGGAAUAUUUAAUAGAUUGCCGUCCAGCAGUACUUUGAACUCUUACGAUUGAAACAAUCAUACAUCGAUCUCAGCUUGAGCCGGCUGGAGUUCUCUCUCUCUCUCAUACACACACAUUUAAGUACAAGAUGAGAGGUCGUAUGUCUUAACUAUAAGCGAUAUGCUUGCGGAGCUGUAGCCAAGCUUUACAUUUAAUUCCAUUCUCUAUUCGCCAAAAAAGAAGAUAUCUACCAAGAUUCCCGCAAUGCUGACAGAUAACAGGAAGCGGCAUCGGAGCAGUGACAGUGAGGAGACUCAACAGCUGAGUCCUCAGGCCAAGAGGUCAGGUGCGGCUCCCUGCCUGCUUGUGUCAGAUUUGGACUCAGAGUCUUCAAGCAGUGACAGCAGUAAUGGGAUCUGCAGCACAGAGAGCACACUAGUGGCCACCAGCAGGCCAUGCAUACACAGCCAGAACAACCGCAUCCCACAGUACUCCCCCAGCACGAAGCCCAAAGACUCUGCUGUCUCCAUGCAGCACGGUUUCCAUGGUGACGGCAGCACUUUCUCCUACAACUCCAUCAACAGAGUCCUGAGGGAGGCGCACUUCAGCAGUCUACAGACCAGAGGCCGUCCAGGCUCAACAUGACCACCAUCUGUGACCCCGUUUCCUGUGGCCCUCGCCGAGUUGGCCCCUGAGGGCCAACCAUUAGAGGCACCCUCGCGUUCAACUGGGCAGGGGUGUCGAAACAUGGGGAAGUUUACAGAAUACUGGCUGCAAGGCUCAUCCCCACUCCGCCAUAUACACCAUUUGUGAACACCAUAAGCACAUUUGCCUUUUCAUGGCCCAACCACUGUGGUUUACUGUGCAGUAUUGAUAUGCGUGUGUGCACGCACCCUGUGCACUUUAUAAAGAGGUACCAUUCUCUUGACAUGUGUGCGUUGAUGUGUGGACUUGUUCAUUGGUGCUAAUCACGAGGGAAGUGUGAUCCAAAGUGCUUGCAAAAGUAAAUAAAGUGAUGCACUUUACUCAAAAACCUGUGCAAUUUUUUUCCUCACAUUUAUUCCAGUGUUUUCCAUUUAAAUGUACCUAUUUAUAGCCUUGCUUAACAUUUAAAGCCAAAUCCAAAAAGUCAUACUAAAGGAAUUUUAUUUAGCCUUUGUGAUCAUUUUUGAAUGGUGGGUCUGAGCCUGAAACCAACAAGUAGGCAUGGAAUCCAUAUAUGACCAGGGGAUUUUAUGAAAAGGAAGAC